AUGGACUUUACCUACUAUACCCCGCCGUUUCAACAGCAAUACAUGCCACUUCAAAUACCACAUCCGCAGCAAACCGAAGUUGUUCAGCAUACCCAAUUUCAACCCAGACCCGGGGUGGAGCAUUUUGAUCCUGGUUUCCAACCAUUUUUUGAUACCCAGAUGCAUUUUGACGCUUGCGGUCUCAUGGGAGCGCAUUCAUCGCCUUCUCCAGGUCACUAUGCGAAACAUGUAAUUGAUUCCCAAGUUAGUGAUUGUGGUGGCAUCAGUAGCAAUAGAAUUGAAGACUUUCAAACGGACAAAACUUUACCAAGGAGCAGCAGUGAAGAAAAGGAGACGUUGACGCCGGCCCAAUGCAGGCGCAAGGAACAGAACAGAGCUGCCCAACGGGCCUUUCGCGAGCGGAAAGAACGCCGCGUACGUGACCUUGAACAGGAAUUGAAUCGAUACAAGAGCAACUAUUCGUCACUCAUGGAAGAUCACAAAAGCCUAAAAAGACAAAUAGAAAAGAUUGAUACGGAGAAUGAAAUGCUUCGAGCAACAUCGAACAACAACGCGCAGCGAUCGAUCGCCGAUUAUGGGCCCAAUGAAGUGCCCCCUCCAACAGGCUUCUUGAGAAAUUUAGCGGAGUAUUCUACAUGCGGCGCAGAUAAGGGCGAGCUUGCCCAUAGCCCUUCUAGUAGUAACAAGGGCCCGGGAGAGAAAUUGCUAGAUGCAGCCGCGACGUGGGAUCUGAUCGUGCGUCAUUUGACAAGUCGGGGGAUGAAUUUCGAUAUCCAGACCAUAUACGACAGGUUGAAAAGCUGCACCGUACUUGACGGACAUUGUCUCGUUGUCGAUGAAGCACAUGUGCUUCAGGCUAUUGAGGAGAGUGUUUCGGCAGGAAGUGAUGAGCUGAUCUAA